AUGGUAUUCAUUUCAGAGCCAGCAUAUCUUUACAAAAACGUUGUGCAUGACUCGUCUAUCUCUCCUGUCAAGUCGGCCAAGGGAAUGUAUAUCUACCUUGAGAAUGGGCAAAAGAUACUGGACGCCACCGGCGGAGCUGCUGUCUCGGCUAUCGGUCACGGCGUGGACCGUGUUAAGCAGGCAAUUAUUUCGCAGCUUGACCAAGUGGAAUACUGCCACCCAGGGUUCUUUCCAAAUGCCCCGGCAAUUCAGCUUGCCGAUAUCCUGGUCGAGUCGACGGGAGGGAAGCUGUCUCGGGCCUGCAUUCUUGGAUCCGGUUCCGAAGCUGUGGAAGCCGCAAUGAAGAUUUGUCAACAAUACUUUGCGGACAAAUCGCCGGACUCACGCCGGACUAAUUUCAUUUCUAGAAAUGGUUCCUGGCAUGGUUGCACCUUGGGGGCUCUGGCUUUGGGAGAUUUCAAACCGAGGAAGACUCGGUUUGAAUCAAUCUUACCCACCAAUGUCCAUCAUGUCUCAGCAUGCGACCCGUACCACGGCCUUAGGGAUAAAGAAGACCUAGAAGCAUAUGUGGCUCGACUUAAGCAAGAGCUGGACGAUGAAUUCCAGCGGCUCGGCCCGGAGACCGUCUGUGCAUUUUUCCUGGAACCAAUGGUUGGUACGGCUCUGGGCUGCGUGGCAGCCGUACCUGGCUACUUGAGGGCCAUGCGGGAAGUAUGCGACCGCUACGGUGCGCUCCUGGUCUUUGAUGAAAUCAUGUGCGGAAUGGGCCGCACCGGUAUCAUGCAUGCCUGGCAGGAGGAAGGCGUUGUCCCUGAUGUCCAGCUUGUGGGCAAAGGACUUGCCGCAGGAUAUGGGACCAUUUCCGGCCUGCUCGUCAACGAUCGUGUGGUGACUGGGUUGAAGCAAGGCGGCGGUUAUUUCGUCCAUGGACAGACCUACCAAUCGCACCCUCUGGGCUGUGCAGCAGCGGUGGAAGUCCAAAAUAUUAUCAAGGAGCACAAUCUGGUCGAGAAUUGCCGGUUAAUGGGUGAUUACCUUGGCAAGCAACUGAAACUGCGUCUCGGAUUUCACCCGCAUAUCUGGGACAUUCGAGGACGAGGUCUUUUCUGGGCAGUGGAAUUCAUGGCAGACAAAGCCACUAAAACUCCAUUUGAUUCCAAAAUCGGGCUCAGCAAGCGGCUCCAGACUAGGGGACUGGAAAAGGGCUACGAUAUGUGCUUAUUUGCUGCCACUGGUGCGUUGGAUGGGUGGAACGGCGACCACUUCUUGCUUGCACCGCCAUACAUUGUUGAGAAGCAAGAUGUGGACGAGAUAGUAACCCGACUCAUCAAAAUCAUUGACGACGUUUUUGCAGAGGUAUUUGCAGACAGCCCAUCAGAUGGUCAUCGUUAG